AUUAGUGCAACUCGUUUAGGCAGUUUUACUUUUUGCAAGCGAUGUUAAAUGGCAAUUGGUAACAUUGUAAUACUUUGUCUAACAUCAAUCAACGUUGUGUUGUGGGUAAAGCGCAUCCUCACGUGAAUAACAGAAAAGGUGCGUCUCAUUUCUCUCCCCAAAUCGUGAAUCAGUAGUGUAAGCUCGAAUUCGGCAACUUCCAAGUUGUGAUGAAGAAACGGAGCUUUUUGAAACAACGAGUCAAUUGAAUCAAUUGUUUAGUGAAAUGAUUCACUAUUUCGAUACGCUCGAAUCACCACACGCUGCCGAGACCUGCUGGUCAGAACAGUGUAAAUGCAACGAGAACAACAAACAUGUGUAAAGAUAACAUUUAUAAACUGCAAAUGUUUUCACAAAAAUGCAAUCUAUUAAUAUAAUUUUCAAAUAAAUAAAUACCAAAUUUAAAGCAUAAUGCCUAAAUAUGAAUUGUCUAAUUAGCAUUAUUUUAUGAAUUUGUAGCCCUAGUUUUGAGUGUUUUUGGCUUAUCAGGUCAUUUAAGGCUAUUAACUAUCACUCUGACUGGCUCCCUUACCAGUGUGCUGACUAUUGGGAGCUGAUUGAGACGCACCCAGAUAUUUAGUUUGGAUUUCUUUUUCUUUCUGUUAACUAUCGCACAUCUUAAACAACAUGUCCAAACACACAGGAAAAACUGGUGAAUCAACUAAGAUCCACGUGACACACUGUUAUAAAGAUGACGUUUAUUAAAGAGGAGCGUGAAGACAUGAAGAUCGAAGAAGCAUUCAGAGUCAAAGAAGAAGAUACUGAGGAACAAACAGACCGGAUGGUGCUGAAAGUGGAGAGUCAAGAACUGAAUGAAACGGAAGAGAAAGAUCAAUAUGAGAAACACCAUGAUUUCAUGACUGGACAGAAAUCCACUCAGAAUGAAAAGACUUCCUCACAAAAAAGAGCUCAGAAAACCAUGUCCAACAGUUCUUUUACAUGCCAUCAAUGUGGUAAGAGUUUCACUCAAAAACAAAGCCUUACAGUCCACAUGAGAAUUCACACUGGAGAAAAGCCUUUCACCUGCCAACAGUGUGGACUGAGUUUUACACGUAAAGAAAACCUUCAUGCCCACAUAAGAGUUCACACUGGAGAGAAGCCUUUUAAAUGCCAACACUGUGGACAGAGUUUUGCACAUAAAGGAAACUGUAAUGCCCACAUGAGAAUUCACACUGGAGAGAAACCUUUUACCUGCACACUGUGUGGGAAGAGCUACUCACGAAAAGAAUGCCUUAAGACGCACAUGCGAAUUCACAUUGGAGAGAAGCCAUUUGUAUGCGGUCAGUGUGGAAAGUGUUUCAGAUGUAAAGUAAACCUUAAUCAGCACAUGAGGAUUCACACAAGAGAGAACUGUUUUAUAUGUCAUGAGUGUAGGAGGAGUUUCACGAAUGGGAAUGACCUUAAGAAUCACAUAACAACUCACAUCAGAGAGAAGCCUUUCAUGUGCCAUCACUGUGGAAAGGCUUGCAUAAGCAAAUCAAUCCUUGAGAUUCACAUCAGAACUCACACUGGAGAGAGGCCUUUCACAUGUCCACAGUGUGGAAAAGGUUUCACACAUAAAGGAAACCUUAACAUCCACAUGAGAAUUCACACAGGAGAGAAGCCUUACACAUGUCCAAAGUGUGAAAAGAGUUUCACGUAUCUAAGAGACCUAAAAUGUCAUUUGCAAACUCAUUCUGGAAAGCAACCGUAGUGUUCAUCGGUCUGGCAAGAGGUUUACAAAAUACAGCAGUUUCAGAAAUCACCUGCACUCUGGAGGAAGACCAUUUAAAUUUAAUCAGUGUAAUAAAAAACUGUCACACAUCAUUAUCACUUACAGAUACACCUGAAAAGUCAUGCAGAUGUGAGACCCUUGAAUUUACUACAUUUUUGACACCGUUUGAAUAUUGUAAGUGAAGUGACAUGAUGUGGGCAAGAUUGGUGACCCAUACUUGGAAUUUGUGCUUUGCAUUUAACGCAUCCAAGUCCACACACACAGUAGUGAACGCAGCCAGGGAGCAGUUGGGGGUUUGGUGCCUUGCUCAAGGGUCUCACCUCAGUCGUGGUAUUGAAGGUGGAAUAAAGCGCUGGUCAUUCACUUCCCCCACUGACAAUUCCUGCCGGACGCGAGACUCGAACCAGUAACAAGUGGAAGAAAAAAGCACAUCAUUACAUGUCAGAAGUCUUAUUGACUUCAGUCCAUUUUCAGACAUCACGCCACUUUUGAUCAGAAGGUUCCUAAAUCAAGAUUAGGACUCUUAGGUUCACAUGAAGACAGACUGUGUUUGUCUUCUCCACUUUAGUGCGGUUCUCUGGGCUGAUGGAGAAAAACACCUUGGUUAAGAAUAAAACAGGCUUUGAUGGGUAAAGGAUGUUGAAGCAAUGAUGGCUCCCAAACAUCAUGCAAUGAUGAAACAAAGGAGAAGUUUGUCAAGUAUCGUUUCAAUGCACAUACAGCAUAAAUCACUUUGAAGAAAAAACAGGAUCAAAGCACACACAACAAAGGUGGGAGUAAAAUGAACUUGGUCAAUCUGCGCAUCUCUAUUUUUAAUCAAGGCCAUUGCGAAUACACAUAAUAGCAGGUGCAGGUUGUCCUACUAGAGGAAAAGUCUUGGGGUCCUGAGAAACGAAUUGAGUCUUCACGUGUGUAAGAGAUCCUUCUUAUUAGUGCUCCGUAAUAUUGUUUCUUUUGUUCUUUAAUAAAUACAAGCCUGAUUC